UCCGCGCCACCCCGCACCGCCCCGCAGCCCCCGCCGCAGCCGCCCAUGGUGCUGCCCGGCCCGCCCGGCAUGGCCCGCUCCGAGGAGGUGCACCGCCUCACCGAGAAUGUCUACAAGACAAUCAUGGAGCAGUUCAACCCCAGCCUCAGGAACUUCAUUUCUAUGGGGAAGACCUAUGAAAAAGCCUUAGCAAGUAUGACAUAUGCAGCAAAAGGAUACUUCGAUGCUCUGGUGAAGAUGGGAGAGUUGGCCAGUGAGAGCCAAGGAUCCAAGGAGCUGGGAGAUGUGCUCUUCCAGAUGGCUGAAGUCCACAGGCAGAUCCAGAACCAGCUGGAGGAAAUGCUGAAGUCCUUCCACAACGAGCUUCUGACACAGCUGGAGCAGAAGGUGGAGCUGGACUCACGCUACCUGAGCGCUGCGCUGAAGAAAUACCAAACAGAGCAAAGGAACAAGGGCGACUCGCUCGACAAGUGCCAGGCUGAGCUGAAGAAGCUGCGGAAGAAGAGCCAAGGAAGCAAAAACCCCCAGAAGUACUCAGACAAGGAGCUGCAGUACAUUGAGGCCAUCAGCAACAAGCAAGGUGAGCUGGAGAAUUACGUCUCCGAUGGCUAUAAGACAGCUCUGACCGAGGAGAGGCGGCGGUUCUGCUUCCUGGUGGAGAAGCAGUGUGCUGUGGCCAAGAGUGCAAUCACCUACCAUGCCAAGGGGAAAGAGAUGCUGACACAGAAGCUCCCGCUGUGGCAGCAGUCAUGCUCUGAUCCCAACAAGAUCCCGGACCGUGCCAUCCAGCUGAUGCAGCAGAUGGCUGCCAGCAGCAAUGGCACCAUCAUGCCCAGCCCUCUGUCUACAUCCAAGUCCAACCUCAUCAUCUCUGACCCCAUUCCUGGUGCCAAACCUCUCCCUGUUCCCCCGGAGCUGGCACCUUUUGUCGGACGCAUGCAGGAGGCCAUGCCAGCGGUGAACGGAGUCUCGGGCCCAGACAGUGACGAUUACAACCACUGGUCUGAGGUGAAGCCAGCACAGCCCAAAUCUUUAUCUCCUCCCCAGCCUCAGAAGCAGCUGAGCGACUCUUACUCGAACACGCUUCCCGUUCGCAAAAACGUGACCCCGAAAAACAGCUAUGCCUCAGCUGAAAACAAGACACUGCCACGCUCCAGCUCCAUGGCUGCAGGGCUCGAGAGGAACGGCAGGACAAGAGUGCAGGCCAUUUUCUCUCAUGCUGCUGGGGAUAACAGCACCCUCCUGAGCUUCAAGGAGGGAGACCUCAUCACACUGCUGGUGCCGGAGGCCAGGGAUGGGUGGCACUAUGGAGAGAGCGAGAAAACAAAACUGAGGGGCUGGUUUCCUUUCUCCUACACACGUGUCCUUGACAAUGAUGGCAGUGAGCGGGUCCAUGCGAGCCUGCAACAGGGGAAGAGCAGCAGCACGGGCAACCUGCUCGACAAAGAUGACAUUGCCAUCCCACCACCCGACUACGGCAUGUCCUCUCAAGCCUUCCCAUCGCAGAACGUCAACACCUUCAAGCAGAGGCCGUACAGCGUGGCUGUGCCCGCCUUCUCCCAGGGUCUCGAUGACUAUGGGACGAGGUCUGUGAGCAGCCCCGAUGUUGAAGUGGCCAGGUUUUGAGAUGCCCCCUGCCCAUAGUUAAAAUCCCUUUGCCAACGUCCAGCUGAAACCGACCGUGACGAACGACCGCUCGGCGCCGCUCAUCAGCUGAUGCCGGGAGCGCUGCCGCCGCGUGGCACUGCCGCCGCCUCAUCGCCCGGCGCAUGGCUGCCUCCCAGAGCCGCCUUUUUAGGCAGAGUUUAUUUAAUCCUGCUGCUUUGAAAAGCCAAAGGCUAAAGCUGUAGUGCCCCGAUUUCCUCUCUUCUCUAGAUCCAGCUCGCUGCUUGCAGUGGUGGAGGUCAGAUGGCUGCCAAACAGCCUGAUGCCCCCCCUCUUCCCCCCCCCCCCCCCCCCGGUGGCACACCCCGUGCUCCCAGCUCAUGCCCCAUAGCCAGGUUUGCUUCUAGGAGUGGCAGCAGCUUGCAGGGGAGGGAGGAAGGCACGGGGGACACCCUGCUCUCAUGGGAUGCAGUGGCAAUGGGCGGGCAGGAGAGCCCCAGUCUCCCUUUAAGCAAAGGAGUUGCUGGUGCCAGUGCUGCAGCCCUGGGUCGGGGCUGGACUCUGCUCCCAGGGCUGCUGCAGUGCCAUGGCCGUGUACAUAGGGGGGGUGUUACGGUACUGCUGUAGGAUAUAAGCUAAGAAAUACUCGAGGAGCAGAGGGCUCUGUAGAUACGUGCCACGGGAUAGCCAGCACUGCUGUGCUCCGUCCCAGGCUCAGCCCCAGAGCCCUCCUGCUUUGCUGCUUCUCUUCCACUAUUCCUAGGGCUGCAUGAGACUGAAAUAUAUACGCAUAUAUACUCACACCCCCGGCCCUGCCAAAGGGGAAGGGGUUUUUGGAGCAGGAGCCGCAUCUUUGCUGCAUGAUGCAGCUGGCACCAGUGAGGCACGGCUGGGAGCAGUGCUCAGAGGUUCUGCCUUUCCCAUUGUGUUGCACUUUUUUAAUUGUUUGAGCGCAGAGGACCGCUCGGGUUGCUGUGACUGUAGGUUUAGCCCAGGUGGCAGAGAGCUGACUGCGUUGGUCAGUGCUGGUGGGGUUCUGCUAUGGAGGGGCUUUCCAGUUAGAGCCAGCUGCUGGCACUGCUGUGCCCCCUCCCAUGGCUUGUGAAAGCGCCCUGCCAGGAGAGCAUCCCCACCCAGGGCCAAAGUGAUGCUGGCUGCCCCCGGGAUACAUUUCGCUCCUGGACACAUCGCUGUUUCCUCUGUGGGGCCGGAGCAGCACUGUGACCCCCAGCAUUCUGCCCACCACAGCCCACCUCCAGGUGCUGUCCUCCGGCACCCUUGCAUCACGCAUGGGAAGCCACCACCUUGUCCCUAAGUAUGCCCAUCCCAGCAGCACCCCAAAAUGCAGUGCAGGGGUUGCACCCUGCCCAAUGUGCCCCAAGGAUGGUGGCAGCUGUGCCAACCCCAGGUCUCACCGUGUGGUGCCAACUCUUCUGCCAUGUGCUGAGAGCCACUGUAUUGUGCCUCAGGGCAACAAGGGGCAGGGGAAGGCUCUGCUGCAUCUCGGGGCCUUCAGAAGGGUUGGGUGGCUCACAGCUGGGGUAGGGGUGUCAGGAUGGAGUGUGCCUUGUCAUCAGCCCCGUGUCGUCCUCUUCCAGCCCCAUACGAGGGGCUGCUGAGCCCGGGGUUUCACUGCACCUCCUGCCUUGGUGGGCACCUGCAAGAUGUAACCUGAAAUUGUUUUGUUUUGUUUUUUAAUGAGAGGAAAAAAAAAAAAAAA